AUGCCCACAAAGACCAAAUCGCGUUCCGCGCGCCCCGCCCCACCAAAACGCCAGUCAAAGUCCGAACCCGCCAAGCCGUCCCGCCCGACGCGUCGUGCGUCGACAACCAACAACAAGAAGCGGAAGGCUCCCGAAUCUGACGAGGACGAGGAAGAGAACGAGAACGCCGAGUCGUCCGCUGACGAAGGCGCGUCGGACGGGUACAAAGACUCUGGGGCGUCGAGCGCCGAGGACGAAGCGCUCGACUCGGACCGGCUGGACGAGGACGAGGACGAGGACGACGUGAAGCCGGGCAACAAGCGCAAGGCGGGGAAGAAGGCUUCUCCUCGGAAGAGGCGGAGGAAGGAUGAAGAUGACGAGGAGCAGGAGUGGGAUGGGGAGGACGAGGAUGGGCGGGAGAUCGUCGGGCGUGUGGUCGAAGCCCCUAAGACGGGCAGAGUACCGCCCGGUCAGAUAUCUAAGAAUACGUUCAACUUCCUCACAAACCUCAAGAAACCCGAAUGCAACGACCGCCAGUGGUUUAAGCUCAACGAACCCGUAUACCGACUCGCGGAGCAAGAGUGGAAAGACUUUAUAAUCGCGCUCACGGACGACCUCGUCGACGUCGACCCGCAAGUCCCGCCUCUACCGCCCAAAGACGUCAUACACCGGAUAUACCGCGACGUGCGCUUCAGCAACGACAAGACGCCAUACAAAACUGGCUUCAGCGCCAGCUUUUCGCGCGGUGGGCGAAAGGGUUUGUUUGCGCAUUAUCAUGUCAUGAUCAAACCCGGCAACGAAUCAAUGUUCGCAGCGGGCGCCUGGUGCCCCGGCAAAAACGAGCUGGACACCAUCCGCGCGCACAUCAAACACAACCCGGCCCGGCUCCGCGCUCUGCUCAAAGACCCCGAUUUCAUCGACAUGUUCGGCCAGCCGAAGCCGGGAAAAAGGAGCAGUAUUUUCGGACGGGAGGACGAGCUGAAGAAUGCGCCGAAGGGCGUUGCGAAGGAUCAUAAGGAUAUUGAUUUGUUGAAGUGCCGCACGUUCGCUGUGGUGCACAAGUUCAAAGAUGAGACGGUUCUCUCUCCUGAGUUCCGCGAGGAGCUGAAGCGCGUUAUGGACGUCGCCAGACCGUUCGUUCACUGUUUGAACGACUGGAUGACGGUGGGUCUGGACGAAGAAGAGGGCGCCGAAGAGGCGGACGACGAUGAUGAGUAG